GCCGCACCGACACCGCCAUUGGCGUCUCUAGAUCGAGUCCGGCCGGCCGGAGCCGUGAUCCACCACACAAUGCAUGCUGCCAUGAAUUACGCAGCCCUGUCGCCCCUGCAACUCCCGCUCCCCUACCUCCCACCCCCGCCACCAUUACUGCCGCCUCCCGUGCCUUUAAUGCCGCUGCUGUCGCCGCCGUCUCCGGCGGCUCUGGGUUCGGGAUUCCAGAGCAGGAUCAGCCCCAGCAUCCUUCUCAUCAUCUUGAUAUUGGCCGUGAUCUUCUUCAUCUCCGGCCUCCUCCACCUGCUCGUCCGGUUCUUGUUCCGUCCGGCGCCGCGUGACCCCGGCGACGCCGACACCAGCGACGGGAACGCGACCGCCUUCCAGGGGCAGCUCCAGCAGCUGUUCCAUCUCCAUGACGCCGGCGUCGACCAGACUUUCAUCGACGCGCUGCCGGUGUUCCUCUACGGCGCCGUGGUGGGCGCCGGGGGGAAGGACCCCUUCGACUGCGCGGUCUGCCUGUGCGAGUUCGACGACGACGACCGCCUCCGGCUCCUCCCCAAGUGCAGCCACGCGUUCCACGUCGAAUGCAUCGACACGUGGCUGCUGUCGCACUCCACGUGCCCGCUCUGCCGCCGCAGCCUCCUGGCCGACUUCUCGCCGUGCGGCGGCGGCUGCAGCCCGCUGGUGUUCGUGCUUGAGUCCGGCUCGGAGGGCUCCGUCUCCGAUCGCCUCGACGGGGCGUCUUCUGCCCACCUCAGCCUCGUCAUGGAGCAAGACGAAGGCUGCCAGGGUCAGAAGCACGGAGCUGAUGUGAAGGAGAAGGAGGAGGUGGUCGUCCCCGUCAAGCUGGGGAAGUUCAGGAGCCAGGCCACCGAAGGAGGCGUCGGCUCCAGCCGCGCCAACCCCGACCAGGACGUGAGGCGGUGCUACUCCAUGGGGACCUACGAGUACGUCAUGGACCAGAGCUCCCUGCUCCGUGUGUCGGUGAAGCCGCCUGCCAAGAAGCGGCCGGCGACGCGGAUGCCGGGGCACCGAGUGGCCAUGUCGGAGUGCGACUGCCACUCCAAGCGGGAAGGGUUCCGCGGGUUCGACGCAUCGGCCAAGCUCUCGAAGCCCACGGCGGGCAAGAAGGAGAGCUUCUCCGUGUCCAGGAUAUGGAUGCGGGGCGGGACGCGCGGGAAGGACGGCGGCGCCCCGUCUGGGUCUUCGUCGCGCCGAGCGUCGUCGUUCCGGCUCCCCUCGGCGCUCCAGCGCGCGGCGAGCGACAUCGGGGCGGCGCCGAAGCGGCGUGCGGACGUGGUGAGCCCCGUUACCGAGUCCGAGUACAACGUGUCGGCGUGGGACAAGAGCGCGAGCGGCAGCGUCGUGGACUGGGACGUCGAGUCCGGCACGGGCACGGGCACGGCCGCCGCAGGGCUCAGCUCGAGGGCCGACGAGGCGCCGUCGUUCGCGAGGCGGACGCUGCUGUGGAUCAGAGGCCACCUGUGAAAAGUUCGGCCGUGCUCCUAGCUAGGAUCUAAGAUCAUCUGCUGCUCUGCUCUUGCUCUGUUCGAUCUGGUGCUCGCAUGAACCGAUCGCUUGUGCAAUACCCAGACCAAAUUCGACCGUCCAAGCGCGGGAGUGGAGAUUUGCCGCAUUCUGGCGGGUGGAAUGAAAGAAUCAGUGAAUACAAGGUAAAGGAUUUGAUUACUCCUCGGAUUUUUCUUUUCAGAUGUCUCUGCAUCAGCAGAGUGUUUCACUGUCGUGUGUAGCUAGUAGGGCUUACUUGAAAGAUUUCCUGGUGUUUACCGUACAUUGCUUCGAUAAAGUUUCCUCACAAGUACAUGAGAUGGCACUCUUAGCAGAGAUGCCCUUGUUCAGAAUUUCAAAAUUCAGAAAGAAUAGUGGCUUCCAAAAAGAAAUACUACUACGACUAAAUUGCAGCAACUUAACAUUGCAUA